AGUGGAGGGCCAAGAUGGCGGCGCGGUGGAGCAGCGAGAAUGUGGUGGUGGAGUUCAGAGACGCUCAGGCCACCGCCAUGUCAGUGGACUGUCUGGGCUCCAACGCUGUGCUGUCUGGGAGGCGCUUCCUCUACAUGGUGAACUUGGACUCCCCGGCCGACCAGCCCCGAAAGAUCGGCCGUCACAGCAAGUGGGACGUGGGGACAGUUCAGUGGAACCACCACAAGUCCGAGUCUCACGUCUUUGCUGCUUCUAGUAACCAGAGAGUGGACCUGUACUCGUGGAAGAACGGGACUGGAGAAGUUUACGCUUCCCUCCAAGGACACACUCGGGUCAUCAGUGAUCUGGACUGGUCCUGGUUCGAACCAGAGUUUCUGGUCACCAGUUCUGUGGACACGUACAUCUAUAUCUGGGACACCAGGGACACUCGUAAACCCACAGUGGCGCUGUCUGCUGUCGCUGGAGCCUCGCAGGUCAAGUGGAACAGGAAGAACCAGAACCUGCUGGCGUCCACUCACGAUGGAGUCGUGCGGAUCUGGGACAGAAGAAGUCCCAACACUGCGUCCGAGUACCUGGCGGCUCACCUGUCCAAGAUCCACGGGUUGGACUGGCACCCGGAGAACGAGUUCGUCCUGGCCACGUCCAGCCAGGACAACUCAGUGCGGUUCUGGGAUUUCCGAAAGCCCAAGAAUUACCUGAACAUCCUGUCGUGUCAGGUGCCGGUGUGGAAGGCCCGGUACACGCCCUUCUCCCACGGCCUGGUCACGGUGAUGGUUCCUCAGUUGAGGAGGGAGAACAGUCUCCUCCUGUGGAGCACCCUGGACCUCAACAGCCCGGUCCAUGCUUUCGUGGGACACGACGACGUGGUUCUGGAGUUCCAGUGGAGACCUCAGAAAGAAGGCUCCAGUGAUUUCCAGUUGGUCACAUGGUCUCGCGAUCAGACCCUGAGGAUCUGGAGAGUCGACCCUCAGCUGCAGAAGCUGUGCGUGAGUGAUACCGUGGAGGACCUGAUGGAGGGAAUGUCUCUCUCUGUGGAGGCGGAGAAAACGCUGACGCUACAGGAAGUGGAUGAGCAGAUGAGGAGCGAGGCUAAUGAGCCCAGAGAGCCAGAUGUUGGACGUCAGGAGUCGGCGCUGAGCUCAGGUCUUCCUCAGACACUGCAGCAGGAGUUCUCCUUGGUCAACUUGCAGAUCAGGAACGUCAACGUGGAGAUGGACGCCGUCAACUGCAGCUGUAUGGUGUCGGCCCAUUUUGGCACUCACCAGGUCCACCUGGUGGUCAAGUUCCCGGCCCAGUACCCCAACAACGCCGCGCCCACCUUCCAGUUUGUCUCUCCCACAACCAUCUCCACCGACAUGAAGACCAAGAUCCAGAAGAUCCUGACAGACACGUCGCUGCAGAAGGUGAAGAGGAACCAGAACUGUCUGGAGCCAUGCGUCCGUCAGCUGGUGUCGUGUCUGGAGUCCGACAUGACGCAGGAGGACGGCCCGGCAGCGUUCGUCCCCGUCACUCCGGCGCUGCAGGCCUUUCCUCGGGUCAUCAACACCUACGGGUCCUAUCAGGACGCCAACAUCCCGUUCCCCAGAACCUCUGGAGCGAGGUUCUGUGGCACCGGGUGUCUGGUUUACUUCACUCGACCCAUCACCAUGCACCGCUCGGCCCCGGCCACCGAGCCCACCCCGAGGUCCCUGUCGGCGCUCUCGGCCUAUCACAGUGGAGUCUUGACCCCAAUGAAGAUGCGCUCGGACUCUCAGAACCUGCGGCUCUACAGCAGCAGCCCAACCCGCUCCGACAAAGACACCGUCUCCAUCUCCUCCUUCUAUUACAAAGAAAGGAUGCCUCCUUUCUGUGGCUCGCGGCGCUGGUCCGUGCAAACCCUCCAUGAUUGGCCGAAGUCCAGAAGGUUCAAAACCAAGAGAGAAGACGUCAGCCGCAUCAAGCUGGCGGGGAAAGUCAUCAUCCAAGAGAUUUCCUGCCUGCUGCCGGUGCACAAGGUCCUGGGAGAGAACUACAUCCUCAACAUCCACGACAUCCAGGACACGUGUCAGAAGAACGCGGCGGCAGCGCAUGCGGUGGGACGCAGAGAUGUCGCCAAGGUUUGGGCGCUGGCGUCAGCAGCCACCAACCAGGAUCUGGAUCCAGACUCCGACCCGGACGCGGAAACUCCCUGGGCGCGCCAUCCGUUCGGACGCCAGCUGCUGGAGACGCUACUGGACCACUACAGCAGGAUGAGCGACGUGCAGACCCUGGCCAUGUUGUGCAGCGUCUUCAGAACGCCGCCGUCGGCCGACUCGCCGUACCUUCCCACCCACCGCUCACGCUACGUAAGCCUCACCGGCGCACGCCCUUGUUCCUUGACAGGAAGUGACCUCAUGUGGCAGUUUCAGCCCAGCUUCACCUCCGGCUCUGUGACGUCCGGGUCCUACUCCAGCGCCACGGACUCGGUCACCGCUCGUGACUCGGAGCACAUCAGCUCCUGGAGCGAGUCGUCCCCGGACGACGGCCGCUACGGCAACCACGCGUUUGUGGACCCCCGGGAAAGAGAGCGUGAGCAGCACGAGAUGAACAAGCGGCUGCUGGACCCCGCCAACACGCUGCAGUUUGACGACUUCAAGAAGAGUUACGGCGAGAUCCUGUACCGCUGGGGGCUCCGAGAGAAACGCGCCGACGUGCUCAAGUUCACGUCGCGGCCCCCGGAGCCUCACCGGGGCAUCGAGUUCGGCGUGUUCUGCUGCCACUGCCGGAGUCAGGCCCGCGGGACUCAGUGCGCCGUCUGCAAGAGACUCACCUUCCAGUGCGCUGUGUGCCACGUGGCGGUCCGCGGGUCGUCCAAUUUCUGUCUGAGCUGUGGCCACGGAGGACACACGAGCCACAUGAUGGACUGGUUCCGGCGGCGGGACGAGUGUCCGGCGGGCUGCGGCUGCAACUGUUUACUGCAGAGCGCCGUCUGAUCGGCUCGCCAUCACUGAGGACAGAAACCCAGAGUAGCUCGAGUCCAGUCGGGGAAAGUUAAGGACCGGGCUGUGCUCACUGGCCAGAAGGCUCUGGAUCUAGGACUGAACCAAAACCUUGCGGGAGUUCACCUGCCAGUCAAAACUCACGUCAGAAAGUCAGGUUUGAAUUCAAGUCUCAGUGUUUUUUUAUUUUGAAAAUCAGAUGGUUAAAAUGCUGUGUUCAGAAAAUAGAUGAGUCUCUGAGGUCACUUCCUGUUAGCUUCUCUGAUGCUCUUCAGCCUGCGGAGACAGAAGCGACGAUGACGUGAGACACACAAACCCACGCUCCUCUGCAUCAGGCCACGCCCCCUCACCUCUUCAGCAGGGCAUCUGCUGAGUCCUCGUCCUGGCUCGACUCCUCGCUGCUCUCAGACUCCGCCUCCUUGCUCUUCUUCUUCUGCUUCUUCUUAUGUUUGCUCUUGUGCUUCUU